GAUCUGCCACGAAUGCGAACUCGACGAUGGUUGGUUAUCAUCCGGAGGCCAUAAAUGAGCCGCUAACCUCCGCGGAGUACAGUGAAGCAGGUCUUGCAAGUGGAAUUGUCACUCGGAUGAUUAUUCAACCACUAGAUGUACUCAAGAUUAGAUUUCAACUCCAGGAGGAGCCGAUUCGUGGAAAGAAAUCUGGAAAAUAUAAGGGUGUAAUGCAAUCAAUAUUCUUGAUUACACGAGAAGAAGGCGCUCAUGCUUUUUGGAAAGGACACAUUCCAGCUCAAGGACUAUCUGCUACAUACGGACUUGUUCAGUUUUCCUCGUUCGAAUGGCUCUCACAGCAGGCCGCAAAAGUGAUUCCAGCAGAUAAUCAAAGUGUUCGGUCUACAUCGGAUUUUGCAUGCGGAGCACUCAGUGGAUGUCUUGCGAUGACUGCGGCGAUGCCAUUGGACGUGAUUCGUACUCGACUAGUCGCUCAGAAAGCUGGUCAUGCAGUUUAUACUGGAACCAUGCACGCUGUCAAACAUAUUUGGGAAAAAGAAGGAAUUGCUGGUUAUUUCCGUGGAUGGGUACCCAGUGUAGUACAGAUCGCCCCAUUCACCGGAAUGCAAUUUGCUCUUUACAAUUGUUUUAUGGAUCUUUGGCCAUUCAAUGGAUACGAGUCUGCGGGCGCUCUUUUCAGCGGUGCGAUGGCUGGAACUGUCGCAAAAACGGUUCUAUAUCCUCUCGAUAUGGUUCGUCAUCGUCUUCAAAUGAAUGGCUUCGAACGAGCGGGUUUCGGAAAAACGAGCAACUACAGUCAAGGACUAUUCAAAACGAUUGGAAUGGUUGUAAAAAAUGAAAGUUGGUAUGGAUUGUUCAAAGGAUUAUGGCCAAGUCAAAUAAAAGCAGCUGCCAAUUCAGGAUGUGCUUUUCUUUUUUAUGAAAUAUUCUGCGAUCUCAUUCGACAAAACAAACACUCAGACGAGUAGUGAAAAAAGCAAUCAAAAGAUUAAUUGGUUUGGUUGCUUAGCAGCAGCUGCUCUCAAGUAUGUUAGUAGGUUAGAUUAGGAAAUAUGUUCUCACAAUUUUGUAUCCUUGUCCAGUUGUUUCUCGUUUACUUGGUCGUGCUUCUGCCUUUGACACCCAGAUUACAGGUUGUAUUUUACAUUUCUUUCUUUCAAUUUUUCUCAUUUUUAAUAAAUUCUCAUUGAUU